GCCAAUUUUUCCCCAUUGCUAUUAUUUCAAAGCAAAACCAAUACUGUUAGAAACCCAGAGUUGGCAGUGUUGCAAUAUUUGGAUGUUAAUCCCUCCUGCCUGCAACUGCAUGGAGACUUUUGGCUCAUUUGUUUAAUUUACAUGGUGUGAACAUAACAUGCCGUAUGUCUGGUCUGUCUGUCGGUAGGAUCACAUUAGAUUAAAUAUUCCAAUCUAGAUUUGCACUUUUGAAUGAUCCUUCAUUUCUUUACAGCGUCAGAUUAAUUAAUACAUGUAAAUGUAGGUUUAGUUGCUAAUUUUUAGCCCAUAGUUAAUUUCCAAGUUAUUUUAAACCUUACUAUUUGUGUAAGACUAUAGUCGCCCCACACAUGAAUAUUAAUGACAAAGCUCGAUAUUCAACAGUAACUCUACACUUAUUUUUAACCACAGGCUGGAAAUUGAUUUUUUUUUUCAAUCUCAUGCAACAUCUUUGGGUCCUCCUCAAUAUGCUGUCGCCAUGGCAGCACACACACACACACACUCACACAGAGAGAUUGACAGUGAUUGGAGGGACAAAAUGUUGCAUCACAUUUUACUGUGUGCAUUAUUAGAUAAGAAACAGGGAUAUGUGAAGCAGAUUCUCAGUGGCAGAGCUUUCUUUGCAUUUCCUUGAUGCUGCUGUGGAAAAGGCGGCGGCAUGGAGGGGGCGACUAUCCCUGCCUGUGAUUAGUGACCAUGAGAAUGAUAUGAGAAGGGGAGGAGGGGGUUGUUGUGGUGGCAAAAAGGGGCGGGCUCUCAGUAUGGAAAAGGAGAAGGAGAAGGAUGCGUAGUCUUUGCACAAUUGGAAGCAGCUAGGAGUGAAGCAGCAUCUGUAUGAGGCGAGAAAAGGAACCUGUGUGCAAUCGAGGAGUGCUUGAGCAGCACUGUGGCUGUCGUCAACUACCACCACUCUGGAUAGUGUGUUAAUGGAAGAGACCCAGAGCAGUGAUUUUCCAAGGUGGUCUAUAAGCAAGAUUGCAUGGAGAUUUACCACAGAUCUGUGAUGCCAGCUGUGUGGAUCCGGUGCCACCUCUGAUAUGAUGUUGAGAGCAGGAGGGGCAGCCACCUCUCUAGCACUGCUGCUGCUGCUGCCAUUGCUGUGCUGUUGCCACCUGUGCCACUCACUGCGGGUUCCAAAACUCUCCUCCUAUGCAAAAGCAGAGGACAAGCUGUUCAAAUACCUCUUUGGAAACUACCAGAAAUGGGUUCGCCCAGUAGAAUACCUAAACCAGACGAUACGUGUGAAGUUCGGACUGGCCAUCUCCCAGCUAGUUGAUGUGGAUGAGAAAAAUCAGCGGAUGACAACCAAUGUGUGGAUGAAACAGGAGUGGAUUGACAUGAAGCUGAGAUGGAACCCUAAUGACUAUCUGGGCAUCACAAUUAUACGCGUCCCUUCAGACAGGCUCUGGCUCCCUGAUGUCGUACUGUAUGAUAAUUCAGAUGGGCGUUUUGAGGGUACGGUCACUAAGGCUGUUGUGAAAUAUGAUGGAACCAUAGCAUGGACACCACCAGCUAAUUACAAGUCAGCCUGCACCAUUGAUGUCACAUUCUUCCCUUUUGACCUCCAGAACUGUUCUAUGAAGUUCGGUUCCUGGACGUAUGAUGGCUCCCAGGUGGACAUCACACUGGAGGACUUCCACGUGGACAAACAGGACUAUUUUGACAAUGGUGAAUGGGAGAUAGUGAAAGCCACAGGCAGCCGUGGUAUCAGAACAGACAGCAGCUCUUCCUAUCCCACCAUCACUUAUUACUUCAUCAUCCGCCGUCUGCCUCUUUUCUACACCCUUUUCCUCAUCAUUCCCUGCAUUGGCCUGUCCUUCCUUACCAUCCUCGUCUUCUAUCUCCCGUCAAACGGUGGAGAGAAGAUCUCUCUUUGCACCUCAGUCCUGGUGUCACUCACAGUUUUCCUCCUGGUCAUCGAGGAGAUCAUCCCGUCCUCCUCAAAGGCCAUCCCUCUCAUCGGAGAGUACCUAGUCUUCACCAUGAUUUUCGUCACACUCUCCAUUAUCAUCACAGUCUUUGCCAUCAACAUCCACCAUCGCUCAUCGUCCACACACCAUGAUAUGGCCCCCUGGGUGAGGAGGAUUUUCCUGCACAUGUUGCCUAAGCUGCUUUGCAUGCGCAGCCAUGCGGAUCGGUACGCCACGGCAGGAGCAGCCAGAGCCAGAUGUGCAGUAGGAUUGGGUCUGAUGAAGGACCAAGCACCUGAACUGACACCUCUCCUGUACACCAGACACAGCCUAGAAGCUGCUUUGGAUUCUAUUCGCUACAUAACCAUGCAUGUAGUUAAAGAAAAUGAGGUCAGAGAGGUGGUUCAAGACUGGAAGUUUGUAGCCCAGGUCCUGGAUCGGAUGUUUCUUUGGGCCUUCCUCUUGGUGUCGAUCUUGGGCACUGCUCUCCUCUUCAUCCCAGUUAUUUACAAAUGGGCCAACAUCAUCGUCCCUAACCACGCUGGAAGCACCCUCUAGUAACCACACUGACUGAUGGAGGCAAACACAAAGCACAUUAAAACACUUUGUUAUGGGACAUAUUUUGGACUGAAGGACUGAAAUACUGAGAGUAGCAACAGGUUCAGGUCCUGCUCUAAUAUCUGCAGUCAUCCUCAGAGCCGAAGCGAGAGAUCAGGCUGCUGCUUGCUGAUUUUAUCUCACAGAAACCUGUUUUUAGUUUGAGAGGGAUUUAAACUUCUGUAUUUGUGAGAACAGUGAUAAAAUCAGAUUCAGUUCAUUUCAGUACAACUAUGUCCUUGUCAUGGCAGCUCACCACCAAGAUAAAUAUACCUGCACACAAUAGAUAGAAGAGGACCUUUGCUCCCAUUUUACGUAUGACUUUCUAUCAGCCUAUUUGCUCUCCUAAUUGCUCUCUAUUUGGAAAGCUGACCACUUUAUUCAUGGAACAUGCUCCAAACAAAAGGGGUGAUUCAACUUCUAAUCACUUAAAAAGACAUACAUAUCAUGGCAUCAGCAAGUGUCAUUAAUAUAUUGAUAUUUCUGUAGAAUAUUCUUAAAGGUAAUUAUGUGAAAUGUGAUUAAAGAGCUGGAACAUAAUGCUGAAAAAAGAACCACAGAUAACUACUAUAAAAACCUGUAUCUUUGUGACAUCUGUUAACUUCUGUGUACACUUUCCAAAGUUACAUAAAAACAAUGUACAGACGAUCAUUCAGACUGCACGCAGGUUCAGCACUCCUUUUUAGAGACCCACGUGGUUAAAUGAUUCUCUAUUCCACUUGACUGUGCGUGGGAGAAGGAGAGGUCGACUUUCUUGCCAAGACUUGAAUUUCUCAGGCACCACUUCCUCUCAGCCUGAGGGCACAGUCUCCUGAGGACUGUAAAGCUAUCCUUUCUAGAUCAGUACAAAGACAACGUAGGUCCACAGUGUUUUUAGCCUACCUGUAGCUUAGCACCAAGACUUAGCUUCAGUGUAACUGAAAACAGAUCUUGUUUGAUUGAUGCUGCAUGCAGAUACCUCAGAUGAUGUGAUUCAGAGACAUGUUAUAAAGGCCUUUAGGUUCUCUUCACCACUAACAACAUCUCCAAUAAUCAGGAAGACGCUGUCAGCCUAUGUCGAGCCUGCACUGCCACCGCAUGGCCAUGUUGUCACAUUACAGCUAAAAAGAAAAAGCAACAAAGGCACGUUGACGAGCAUGAACAUGUUUGGGACCGAGGUUGUGAAAUCUGCAACAUUUUAGUUGGUUACUACUACAUUGAAUGUAGAGAAUGUUAUUAAAAAGUGAUGAACAAAAUCAUUA